CUGGACCAGCAGUAUAAUGAAUUUAAGUUGAGGUCCAUCAUGUCUGAACACAAGAAGACCAUUACAGCCAUCAGCUGGUGUCCCGACAACCCUGAUCUGUUUGCGUCAGCCUCUGCUGAUAACCUGCUCAUCGUAUGGAACGUAGCAGAACAAAAGGCUGUAGCAAGACUGGACAACACUAAAGGUGUCCCAACGUCAGUCAGUUGGUGCUGGAACUCAGCUGAUGGAGUGGCGUUUGUCUCCCAGCGUGGUCCGCUGUAUAUCUGGGUCUAUGGAGGUUCUGACCCCGGGGUCACAGUGCAUAAAGAAGCCCACUCCUUCCUGUCUGAUAUCUGCCUCUUCAGAUGGCAUCCCACUAAAAAGGGAAAACUGGUGUUUGGACACACAGAUGGAAGUUUGUCUAUUUUUCAGCCAGGGAGUAAAAGCCAAAAGCAUGUGUUGCGUCCAGAGUCAUUAGAGGGGACAGAUGAAGAGGACCCAGUCAGUGCUCUGGAAUGGGACCUUUUGUCAACUGACUAUCUACUAGUGUCUAAUCUCCAUAAUGGUAUCCGGCUGGUGGACAGCGAAGCCUUGGCUUGUAUUACGUCCUUCUGCUUCCCCUCAUCUGCUGCAUCCGUUCAGUGUCUGGCCUGGGUCCCCUCUGCACCGGGCAUGUUCAUCACCGGAGACUCCCAGGUUGGAGUGUUGAGGGUAUGGAAUGUGUCUCGCUCCACUCCUUUGGACAGCUUUAAACUGAAAAAGACCGGAUUUCAUGCUUUACAUGUCCUCAACUCCCCUCUCGCCAAGAAAGCUCAGAGUUCCUCUUCUCCCAGUAAAAGUCAGCACACCAGUUCCACCAGUGAGGCAGUACCUCCCCCAACCCUUUCACAGAACCGGUCCUUCUCUCUGCCCCCUGGCCACGCUGUGUGCUGUUUCAUGGAUGGAGGGGUGGGACUCUACGACAUGGGGGCCAGGAAGUGGGACUUCCUACGAGACUUGGGUCAUGUAGAGACUAUCUUUGACUGUAAGUUUAAACCAGAUGAUCCUAACCUGCUGGCCACAGCUAGUUUUGAUGGAACCAUCAAAAUCUGGGACACAAACACACUAACAGCUGUUUACACCUCCCCUGGCAAUGAAGGAGUGGUCUACUCCCUGUCCUGGGCUCCAGGAGACUUGAACUGCAUCGCAGGGGCGACGUCUCGUAAUGGAGCUUUCAUCUGGGAUGUCAGGAAAGGAAAGAUCAUCACUCGCUUUAAUGAGCAUGGUAAGAACGGUAUAUUCUGUAUAUCAUGGAGCCAUAAGGAUUCUAAGAGGAUUGCUACCUGUAGUGGAGAUGGAUUCUGUAUCAUCCGGACCAUCGAUGGUAAAAUCCUCCAUAAGUACAAACAUCCUGCUGCUGUAUUUGGAUGUGACUGGAGCCAGAAUAACAAGGAUAUGAUAGCAACAGGCUGUGAGGAUAAAAACGUCCGCGUGUACUACCUGGCCACCAGCUCCGAUCAGCCUCUGAAGGUCUUCACUGGGCACUUAGCCAAAGUAUUCCAUGUUCGCUGGUCCCCACUCAGAGAGGGGAUACUGUGUUCUGGAUCAGAUGAUGGUACUGUUCGUAUAUGGGACUACACACAGGACGCGUGCAUCAAUGUGCUAAGUGGUCAUACAGCUCCAGUCAGAGGCUUGAUGUGGAACACAGAGGUUCCUUACCUCCUCAUUUCAGGUUCUUGGGAUUAUACAAUCAGAGUUUGGGACACAAGAGAUGGCACAUGUCUGGAUACAGUCUAUGACCACGGAGCCGAUGUGUAUGGUUUAACAUGUCAUCAGAGCCGUCCGUUCACUAUGGCCAGCUGCAGCAGAGACAGCACUGUUAGGCUGUGGUCUCUCACACCCCUCAUCUCUCCACUGCUGCUGAACAUCAUUACCGACCAGCCCUGGGAAAAGAUCAUAGGAAACACAGACACAGCCAUGGUUCCUGGCUCACCCCCGCUGCUCUGUGGUAAAGUGUCCCGAGACAUCAAGCAGGAGUUGGAUAAACUGAGCUUAAACAUCAGGGCCAAGAAGCUACGCUGGUUCUCUGAAUGCUUUUCGCCUCCAGGAGGCAGCAGCAACCUGUGGGACUUGGUGUCAGUCAUUAACGGCCAGGACGACUCGCUGCUGCCAGCCAGCUACAGCAAGGGAGUGAUGCACAUGAAACACCUGCUUAAGUUUAAAACGUCUGAAGCCCAGGAGCUCACUAUAGUCAAGAUGUCUAAAUUUGGAGGAGGUAUCGGAGCUCCAAGUAAAGAGGAGAGGCUGAAAGAAGCAGCAGACAUCCAUCUGAGACUGGGACAGAUCCAACGAUACUGUGAACUAAUGGUGGAGCUGGGACAGUGGGAGAAAGCAUUAUCUGUGGCACCAGGAGUCUCCAUGAAGUACUGGAAGAAACUCAUGCAGAGGAGAGCUGACCAGCUGAUGGCUGAAGAUAAUGAUGAUUCUAUCCCAUACUGCAUCGCCACAGGAGACAUAAAAAAACUUGUAACUUUCUUCACUGGCAGAGGACAACUGCUGGAAGCUUUAAUAAUAGCACAGGGAGCGUGUGAAGGGAACAUUCGUGCACCUCAGAGCUCUCCAGUCAACCACACGACUAAUGAUGUGGAUAACAGACAACAAUACCAGAGUCUCCUCCAUAAGGUGUGUAAGGAACUAGCUGAGUGGUACUUCCAGGAUGGAUGCUCUGUCCUUGCUGCAUGCUGCCACCUAGCUGUGGACAACGUCCAGCUAGCCAUGUCCAGCCUCAUCCGAGGUAAUGAGCUGGAGUUGGCUGCAUGUGUCGGACUCAGCCUGGGAGAGGCAGCCAAUCAGAGCACUGCAUACUGCCUUGAACUCUUAGCCAGGAAAUACAUGACCACACCUACAUGGGAGCUCUCAGCUGACCUACUGCGAAUGAUACCUGACAACAGCAUUUUAUUGGCUAAGCUGUGUGCAUUUUACCCAGGAAGUGCUGCUGAAAUCAACCAGUUACAUGAAAGGUGCGGUCUCCCUUCAUUAGAGGAGUGUAAGGCCUUGGCAGAAGCAGCCAUGUGUGAAGGAGAUUUGUUUUCAGCAGUUAAAUUCCACCUGCUGAGCUCUGAACCCGAGAGUGCCCUUCGCAUAGGGAUAGAUCAUGUUAAAGAGCAGCUGUCUGGUUCUGACUGGACCGUGGAUAGCGUUCAGCCAAUCCUGGACCUGAUGAGUUACAUCAGAACCGACCGCCUCAUCAUGGCCAAGUUGACUGACUGCGUUGGUCCUGUGUGGUGCUGAUUAUGUGACCGGUUCCAAUCUGCCGAGCCACUCAGAUGUUCAACUGUCCUGUUUCACUGGACACAGAAUACAGGGUCCAGUGUUUUUGCUGGAGGACGGUAAAUCAGCAAUCUCCCUUAACGAUGCUCUAAUGUGGGCAAAAGUCAACCACUUCUCCCCUUUGGGAACAGGACUCCGCAUCAAACCCUUCUAACACACACACACACACCUACACACACAUAACGACACACACACACACAUAAAGAGGGCAUUCCAAGGGAAGGGGUUAACAGAUUGGAUGGGAAGAAGAAACAAAAGCCAGAGAGUGAAGUGUAGUAAUGGAAAAAAAAAAGGAAAGCUGGGCUGCAAAUAACAUUUUUGUGCUUCAGCUAACUGGCCAACUGCAUUUUAUAAUUUACAGAGCCAACAAACGUGGUGACAUCAACAAAUAAUGCAUUUGUGAUUCUGUGAGGAUGAGUCAGUUUCAAACAAGCUCAUGGUUUUGGUAGAUUUUGAUAUUGGUUAGCUUAGCCGUUACGUGAUGAGAACUUAGCCAAAAAAAUCAUCAUGCUUUAAUUGUGAAGGAGGAUUCUUAUUGAAUGAGAUAUGUGAUUUAUUUGGUAGGAUUCCCUCUUUUUCUCCAGCUAACACUUUCUCAAAGAAUGAGCAUGUAUAUACAGGGUAUAAAUCUGAAUUACUUUGUUCUAUUGUUGUAAAAAAAAUACUGGAAUAAAGCAA